AUGGUGACGACUAAAAUCCAACAAUUAGAAGUAACGCUUAUGACAAAAGCAGACACUUAUAAGGAUGCAAUAACUAAGAAUUUGAGUUUAAAUACAACAUCAAUUAAAGCUGGUCAUAAAACUAAAACUCAGUCCCAGAUAAAAGCGAAGCCCGUCGUACAAAAUGAAAAACCAAGUACCUCGCUCGCAGAUUCAGUGACCUGA